CGCGACGUGCGUCAUUUCCGUUGUCAGGUGGCGCUGCUAUGGAAAGAUGUGAUCAGCGGGUCAAAAAAAGGAGGCUUUUUCCUGGUUGCUCGUUCGAGUUAAUAACAAAACGAGUCCUUACAAUUGCCGAAGGACGGCUUCGUUUGGGUGGGAGGGGGGUUAAGAUAAUGUUCCCGGUGUAGACAGUGUGUUUUAUCCGGCUGUUUUGGCUCAAAGAGCGUCAACCAGGAUGUCCAAGCGACGCGCUUCGGAGAGGGGGGCCGGGGAGCACUCGGCCCGGCCCAGCAAGCUCCUGUGUCCCGGGGUCUCAGGAAGCAAUGCCAAGCGAGCAGGACCCUUUAUUCUCGGGCCUCGGCUGGGUAACUCGCCCGUCCAGAGUAUCGUCCAGUGCUUGGCGAGGAAAGACGGCACAGAUGACUUCUAUCAGCUGAAGAUCUUGACUCUGGAGGAUCGCGUGGACGCAAUGGCAGAGACGCAGGAGGAACGGCAGGGCAAGAUGCUGCUGCACACAGAGUUCUCGCUGCUGUCUCUGCUUCACAGUCAAGACGGCGUGGUCCACCAUCAUGGCCUCUUCCAAGACAGAGCCUACGAGAUCGUGGAGGACCACGAGUCCAACAAGCACCGGAAGAUGAAGAAGCGCAUCUGCCUCGUGCUGGACUGCCUGUGUGCCCACGACUUCAGUGACAAGACGGCCGACCUCAUCAACCUGCAGCAUUAUGUCAUCAAGGAGAAGCGGCUGAGCGAGCGCGAGACCAUCGUGAUCUUCUACGACGUGGUGCGCGUGGUCGAGGCGCUGCACAAGAAAAACAUCGUGCACAGAGACCUGAAACUCGGAAACAUGGUGCUCAACAAAAGGACCCACAGGAUAACCAUUACCAACUUCUGCUUGGGGAAGCACUUGGUUAGUGAAGAUGACCUCCUGAAGGACCAGAGGGGUAGCCCUGCCUAUAUCAGUCCUGACGUCCUAAGCGGCCGUCCGUACCGAGGCAAGCCCAGCGACAUGUGGGCCCUGGGGGUGGUGCUGUUUACCAUGCUGUACGGCCAGUUCCCGUUCUACGACAGCAUUCCUCAGGAGCUCUUCCGCAAGAUCAAAGCUGCAGAAUACACCAUCCCAGAGGAUGGCCGUGUGUCGGACAGCACAGUGUUCCUGAUCCGAAAGCUGCUGGUUCUGGAUCCCCAGCAGAGGUUGACUGCCACUGAGGUGCUAGAGUCCCUCAGUGCCAUCAUUGCGUCAUGGCAGUCUGUGUCCUCUCUGAGUGGCCCCCUGCAGGUGGUGCCAGACAUUGAUGACCAGGUGAACCACCCCGAGCAUCUCCAGGAGGCCAAGGUCACGGAGGAGUCCUCGCAGUACGAGUUUGAGAACUACAUGAGGCAACAGCUGCUGCUGGCGGAGGAGAAGAACACUAUCCACGAGGCCAAGAGCUUCCUGAGCAAGCGGGCGUACAGCGGGAGCGUGCCGCCCGUUCGGCGCCUCGGCCACGACGCCCAGCCCGUCAGCCCGCUGGACGCUGCCAUCCUGGCCCAGCGCUUCCUGAGGAAGUAACCCCCACCCCCUACCCCCCACCCUUCUCCGGUACCCCUACUCGGAAGUCCCGCUAGCCACUUACUCCAUAUUCAGCCCUGUGCCGCAGAGAAGUAUGCUCUGGCCUUGGGGACGGUUGGGGUUUUGGGGACGUGGGGGGGGUGGACCCGAACACAGACUCCGUGCCUGUCUCCAUGGAGGGGGCCAAAGGAGGGCUCGGCAAUCAUGACCUAGACUGGGGUGAGGCCUUCGCUCCGCUCCCACCCCCCGCCCCUGACUACGGACAGCGUGGACCCCACCCCCUGCCUGCUGUCACGCUCCCCCUAGGAAGCUAAAGGCCCCCCAGCCCAAGAUCGGCCGCAACACCCAGAGCAAUAGAGCGUUCCGCAGCGGAAUCGCGUAGCAACUGGUCUCCAGAGCUUUUACAGGAAGGAGACCACCCCACCCCCCAGCUCUCAACAUUGUCCUGCCACGUGCAGAAACCUUUGUGUGUGUGUGUACAUGUUAUCCCCCAGAUUUCUUUAACCAAAACAGUCUGGAUCGGUCCUGAAACUGACUUUCAGAUCUACCUCUUUCUGUCUUUUAACUGAGGCUGUUUUCAGUUGUCUCUACGAGGACGUUGUGAAUCUGGCCUGGAGAAGCAUUACUUUGAUUUUUUUUUUUUUUUUUAAAUAUCCCUGGUGCAUAAAUAUAGUGUGGAAGGUGACCCUUCUGUGGCACUCUCCCUAAAAUCUGAAUAAGCUUGACGUUUUUUUUCUGUCAGUUGAUAAACGUAGCAUUUAAUUUCCUUUGUUUUUACCGCCGACCACAUCUGUUCUGGUCACUGACAGCUUCUGGUUUCAUAAUAGCAGAAUGCACGUUCUAUCCCACCUGGUAGGAUUCUAACCCUCUUCGAAUUUAGGCAGCUAUCCUCACAUGCCCCAAUCAGGGAUUCCAUGGUCUGGACUGAGGUUGGGUAUCGGUCGUUCUUCAGAUAUGUUAUGGGUGGGCGUUGAAUCAUGUGACUUUCAGGCAUUGUCCAGAGGAUACCCAACAUUACUAAGCAUGGCUUAUUUCUGUACUGUUUCCAGUUUUUUGUUUUCUUUUGAACAUUAAUCAGCCAGCAUGAUCUAUUUUAUUUGUGAUAUUUAUAGCCAAAUACGGAGCUCCUUUGUAAAGUUGUGGUUUGCCAAGGAAUGCGCGUCGGUCUUUGUUGCUUUGUGCUGUUUGACAGACAUUCCUUUGUUCUCUCGCAUCACGGUACAACUGCAGCAUGCUGAUAUGAACGGAAUCCGUGUGGCAGCGGCAUGGCGGCUCUUCUCCCUGCCCCCACGGUGCCCCCACACGUCUUUGUAGCCUGGUCUCCACAGCCAAUGCGUUUCGAACCCGGUGCCUUUCUCUACCCAUCCCUGGGGCCAGUUCCCGUCUCGGGUGCUUAGAGGUCGAAUCUCCGGCGAGGUCGCCUCCCGAUCUGGCCUGCUGUUUUGGACCACUUAAGUAGCACACUGGGGGGUGCCUUUUCCCCUCCACCCUCAGUCAUUAAAAAUUGUGGGUCUAGGGCAGGGUCAGCCACUUGGGGGAGGUGCUGGUGCAGUGCUUGUGAACCAGAAAUACAAGCAGGUGCAGCAUCUUCCUGUCCCACCUGCAUGUACACACAAGCCGUACUGUAGUUCUAACCCAUCUUGUGAUUGUCCUUUUCCAUGUUUUGUACCCCUCUUGCCAUAACUAAAGUAAUUACAACUUUACAACUCAAUAAUUAUGAUUACUUACCAGUAGAUUAAUAUCCUGUUAAUUUAAGGCUUCUGUUCGGUGAAGUUCCUGUCCGACAUUAGUGGGUGCAGUGAUGAUACCUGAGGGGUUCGUUCACCUGGGUUCCAGCAUCAGUACAGUAUCUUCCAGAACCCUUGAUGCUAACCACUUAAGAACAGGACACCCUUGUAGUGGUCUAGCUUACCGUAAACUCUGUAAUAUAGGUAUAUAUGCUUUAGUGCAUUUCCGUGACAAAGCAAGACUGACAAAAAAAAACCACAAGUAGAAAGUAUAGGCUCUUGUGAUUUUUUUAUUUUUUUUUUUAAUGUUAUUUUUUAAAAAAGAGAAAAAAUUCUCCCCCUUUUUUUGUCUGAAGCUUCUGAUUAUAUUUAUUCAUUAUGUCAUAGACCUUUUGGUGUUGUCCCCUCCACCCUCCGCGAGUGUUAAGUGUCAACUCCCGUCGUUACGUCUUCAUUAAUUGCUGUGAUUUCCGCGUUGACUUCAGUUAUUUUUUAAAUUGUAUAAAAAGCUGGCCACAAGCCAGUGGUUAAUUAAGCUACACUAAAAGUCUGCGUAGAUCUAUUUUUUUAAGGAAAUAUUUCGCAUGAUUUGUAGAACGUACCAGAUUCAUUUUGGUGCCGCACUCUGUUAGCGUGUGUGUAUGUAUGUAUGUGUGUGUGUGUGUGUGUGUGUGUGUGUAUGUAUGUAUGUGUGUGUGCGUGCAAAACCUGACAGCAGCCGGCAAACUUUGUGCAAACUAGUGACUUGCCAUCUUGCAAAAAAAAAAAAAGAAACCUAGUAUGUAGGCAUCCAUGCCCCUUUAACACAGGGGUGUGUGCUCAUGCGGAGUUAUGCUGCCACCUAGUGCUGAAGCUGCGACAUGAACCUCUGAGUACUGAGCAGUAUUGUAGGUGUGUCUUGGCCAGAGACACUUUAUUGUUUUUUUUUUUUUUAAGAACCAUGACCACAAAUGGUCAUCCUUUCAAACCACCCAGCCAUGAGUGUAUGCCCCCCCCCCCCCAAGCAGACUCUGCAUAGGUGCAGCCUGCUUUAAUACCAUCUUAUUCACCUACAUACACACACAUGCACUCCUACCCCCAUCUGGAGAGGACUGUUGUGUGCUCACCCACCCCCAUAAGAAACAUCACGUCAUGUGUCAGUCGAGGUGGGGGACAUUUUUGAAGCACCUUUUUACAGCAUGAGAACUAUGUUGUUGAGCUCCACGUUUAAGAUAUGAUCUUUGCAUGCUUUUGACCUGCAAGGUAUGGCUAUGAAGUCUGACUAAAGAAGAGGACUCUAUGGAUUCAGUUUGAAAAUACACUGCAAAACCUGGGGUGUAGGGGACUGCCUCUGUGUCAGUAAUUUGAAAGGAUGUAGCUAUGUCAGGGGUGGGGCAUUUAAAUUUUUUUUUGCCCCCCCACGCCCCUUUUGCAAUGUAACGUUGACAUGCCUCGUGUUUAAACUGGAAAUCGGAUCGUGACGUUGGAAGACUAAAGCAGACGGGUUUUAAGCGCAGUCUAGUAAAGCCACUCGGUUGGUAUCAAAGCUGAAACUGGGUUAUUGUAUAGAGAUGAAAAAAACAAAUUUGUAUAAAAGACAUAUUUUUGUACUUCAUCAAAUCUCUACAUGCAUGUCAGCAAUAAAUAAAUAAAAAAUG